AUGCCAGGUGAAGGUGAUAAUCAAUCUACGUUAAACGAACAUUCUUCAAAAAUCUUAUUAAAUUCACCAGAAUUUCAUAAUGAAUUAACAAAUUUAUUAAUCAAUGAAGGAAAUAAAGAAUCACUUGAAACUCUUUCAAAUUUACUUUUACCAAUAACUAAACUUGAUGCAACAGCAUGUAAAGGUCCUGUUUUACCUGUUAAUGAUAUAAGAGGUAUUGAUAGUCGUACAUAUGCUAAAAAUGAACGUUAUUUAAGAUGUAAAUUAGCUUCACUCUAUCGUGUUAUUGAUCUUUAUGGUUGGAAUUAUGGUACAUGCUACAAUCAUAUAUCUAUUCGUGUUAAUAAUAGUACAGAUCAAUUUCUUAUUAAACCUAUUGGAUUAGCGUUUCAUGAAGUAACUGGUUCAUCUCUUGUUAAAAUUGAUUCUAAUGGUUCAAUUAUUGAUCCUGGUAGUACAACAUUUGGCAUUAAUGCACUUAGUUUUUCAUUAUAUUCAUUUGUUUAUCAACACCGUCCAGAUAUAAAUUGUAUAAUUCAUGUUCAAACACCAGCUGUUACAGCUGUAUCUGCUAUGAAAUGUGGUCUUUUAUCACUUAGUCAAGAAGCUCUUAUAUGUGGUCAAGCAUCAACACAUUUAAUUCAAAUUGAUUUAACAACAAAUCAUUUAUCUAUGGAUGAAAAUAUUCAACAAUCAACAGCUAAAGUUCUUAUACUUCCUAAUUAUGGAAUUUUAGCAUGUGGUACAACAGUAGAAGAAGCAUGGCAUAUAACAUUUCAUCUUAUAUUAGCAUGUGAAUCACAAUUACGAGCAGUUUCAAUGGGUAUUAAUAAUUUAAAUUUAUCAUCGGAUGCAUCAGCAAAACAAGUUACAGAUACAGUUAAUCGAGGUGGUGGUGGAGUCAAUACAUCAGAUACUAAAUGGGCUGUUGGUGAACUUGAAUGGUCAACAUUAAUGAUUGUUUUAGAUAGAGCUGUAUGUUUAUCUAUUCAAAGAAUUGUUUAUUAUUAA